AUGGAGUUGAAACCGAAAGGAAGAGAGAGACGUCACAGCUGUCAGCAAUGUGACAAAUCCUUUACAAUAUCUGGACAUUUAAAGAGCCACCUGCUUAUUCAUACGGGAGAAAAAAAGAACAGCUGUGAAGAGUGUGGGAAAACAUUCACUACCUCAGAUGCUCUCAAAAAACAUCAACGUAUUCAUACGGGAGAAAAACCGUACAGCUGUGAACAGUGUGGGAAAACAUUCACUCAAUCAGGUCAUCUCAAAUCACAUCAACGUAUUCACACUGGAGAAAAACCGUACAGCUGUGAACAGUGUGGGAAAACAUUCACUCGAUCAGAUACUCUCAAAAAACAUCAACGUAUUCACACGGGAGAAAACCCAUACAGCUGUGAAGAGUGUGGGAAAAAAUUCUCUAGAUCAGAUGCUCUCAAAAUACAUCAUAGUAUUCACACUGGAGAAAAACCAUAUUGGUGUGAAGAGUGUGGGAAAAUGUUCAGAGCAUCAGGUGAACUCAAAAUCCAUUAUCGUGUUCACACAGGAGAGAAACCGUACUGGUGUGAAGAGUGUGGAAAAAUGUUCAGAACAUCAGGUGCUCUCAAAACACAUCAUCGUGUUCACACAGGGGAGAAACCGUACUGGUGUGAAGAGUGUGGAAAAACGUUCAGAACAUCAGGUGAACUCAAAAUCCAUCAUCGUGUUCACACAGGAGAAAAACCAUAGUGGUUUUAAGAGUGUGGGAAAACUUUUUAUCAAAAUAUUCACCUUAAACUCCAUGAGCGAAUCCACACUGCAUUGUUUUGAACUAUGAGAGCCAAGCUAGCUGUUUCCUCCUCCUGAUGCCCUGAGAGCUGUCGUUGUAUUUUAAGAGUCUUUCUGAAUAGAACUCUGACUAACAGUUUUUUAUGUUCUAAACAGCGUUCACACUAUGCUAACAUGAGGCCACAGAGAUGCUGUUUCUCAUGUGAUUCAUGUUUGUAAUGGUUCCUGAUCUAUAAAGAAAUGUUUAACUAUGCUGUUUCUCAACCAUUCUUUUAGCCUUGUUAUUCUUUCUUUUUUUUAAUAUGAUAUCUCAACUGCUAGCCUCGUUAAACUGCAUUGAAGGAAUGUAGUUCCACUGUUCAUUAAUCUGCAGAGUAGUUUCUCGAAUAAUCUGUUUGGUUAAUACAAUGUUACGAUGUUUUCAGUUUGAUUCUGUUCUCUUUUGUUUAAACUAUUAGACUGUACCAAAAUAAAAAAGACUCACUUCCCUG